AUGCUUUUCAACAAAAGAUCAGUUGCGGCCGUCGCUGCCAUCGCUGCGUUACCGUCAUCCUUUGCUCAAGUGAUUACAGUCUGCAAUCCUUUGGAUGUUAACUGCCCCAAUGGAUUGGGUCUGUCGACCAGCUCUUACUUUAUGGAUUUUACGCAGCAAAAGUCUCUUCCUAGCGACUGGACCAGCGCUCUCUACGAGUACACUACCUUCGACUCUACCAUGGGUGCCGCUUUCAACUUCGGGAAACAGGGUGAUGCUCCAACCAUCUAUUCUAAUUUCUUCUUCUUCUUCGGACGUGUCGAGUAUGUCGCGCAGGUCGCUCCAGGUAAAGGCAUAGUCAGCAGCAUGGUUCUGCUCUCCGAUGACUUGGACGAGAUUGAUUGGGAAUUCACUGGUACCAACACUGCUCAAGCCCAAACCAACUACUUUGGCAAAGGUGUCUUGAACUACGGUGUCUCCGAAUACGUCGAUGUUACAUCUCCCCAAACUGGAUUCCAUACCUACGCAGUUGACUGGUCUCCUACAGAAAUCGUCUGGUCCAUCGAUGGAAAAGUCAUGCGCACUCUCACCGCAGAUCAAGCAGGCAACGAGUUCCCGCAGACCCCUAUGAAAGUUAGUCUUGGCCUAUGGGACGGUGGCGAUGCUAGCAAACAAGGCGUCGAUACGGUGCAAUGGGCUGGUGGGCCGACACCGCUGCCGCCAACCCAGAACUACACCUCUUACAUUAAGAGCGUGAAAAUUACCAACGCAAAUCCAGCUAUGCAGUAUGAGUACACCGAUAAGAGCGGAAGCUGGCAGAGCAUUAAGGGUAUCAACAACACUCUCAUUUCCAGUUCCAGCGCCAGCUCCAUGCACAGCACUAGCAGCUCCAUGGCUUCUUCUAGCCUGAUCUCUUCCAGCAUAAAACCUACCACGUCCGUCAUCCCGGAAAUGACCGUCUUGAGCACCAGCGAAGUUGUCAUCACGGCCUGCGCUUCCAGCGUUCUCAACUGCCCCGCUCGCAGCACGCCUAUUACAUCAAAGGUCAUUGUUACAUCGACGAAACCCGCUACGACUAUGGUUGUCACCCCCUCAUCAUCUGUCAUGGCUGUGUCCGCUUCCAGCAUGAGCAGCUCCGUCACCGCGAAAUCUACUGUGGCCAGUGUUGUCAGCGAGAUUGUCUACACCACCGUCACGAGCUGCCCAAUCACAAGCACCAAGGUCGCCAAUGGUACUACUUCUGUCAUGAAGGCCACCAGCCUUUCUACCAUUUUGAGCACCAGCACCAGUACCAUCUGCACCAAGUGUGUAGCGCCACAGAUGACAAGCUCGACUGUAUCUCCAGCGAUGACCAACUCGACCGCAGCUCCCAUGUCAGCAUCUCCGAUGUCUACUGUUGCCGCAUUCACCACGGAGAUCGUCUACACUACUUUGACCAGCUGCCCAGUGACCAGCACCAGGAUCGCGAACGGUACCACUGCCGUUAUGAAGACAACAAGCGUUUCAACAAUUUUAAGUACCAGUACUAGCACUAUCUGCACAAAAUGUGUGGCACCACAAACGACUAGCUCUUCCUCGUCUAGCAUGGUCCAAAACCCGGCCACCGCCAUGCCACCCAGCGUUGCCGCGAACGCGUACCAUGCUUAUAUAGCAGCCCAUGCUUGUACCGGUAGCACUGCUGUCCCUGGCUUCACUCCACCUGUCUCUUCAAUCGUGCAAAGCACCAUUGUCAGCACUAUUGUCAGUGCUUCGUCGACCAAGACCUCUUCCACUGUUAUGACAAGCGUUGUCUGGACCUAUCCCGCAAAGACCACUUCUUCUACCACAUACGUGACUCUUUACAGCACCGGCUUCAAGACUGUAACUGACAGCAAUUCUUCUGUCUACGUCUCAUCUACAGUCGUUCCCACCGUUGUGGCUUCCACUGUUGUUGCUCCCGUUGCUGCCCCAGCCCCGACCUCAACCACGUCUUCGACAAGCUAUAGCACGAUCUACAGCACCGUUGUUAACACAAUGACUGACAGUGCGUCUUCCACAUACCUGGCUACAUCAGCCAUCCCGAGCGUUGUGUCCUCCGUCGUCGUCGCCGCUGUUGCUGCCCCAACCACAACCAUCGCCUCAACGAUCUACAGCACAGUCUACAGCACAAGCAUCAGCACCAUGGUCGACAGCGCCUCUUCAACCUACCUCGCUACUACCGUCAUCCCCAGCGUCGUCUCCACAGUCACAAUGGUCGCACCAGUUACAUCAACCGCUUACUCCACAGUCCAAAACACCGUCAUCAGCACCGUCACCGACAGCGGUUCCUCCACAUCUCUUUCCACAGCGGUCAUCCCAAGCGUCCUCUUCAGCGCUGUGCCAGCCGCCAGCCCAUCAAGCAGUCUUCUGGAUGUCAACCCAGUCAACGGUCUCCCCGCCGUCGCGCCUACCGGCACGACAACGAUGACCCUGAACUCGACGUCAUCAAUGACCGCCACGAGCACAUCUACGGCAUACUUGAACGGCACCAUGGCCGGUACCGGUGUUGCGGCAAGCUCCGGCUUCCCAAUCACGACGGCGAAGGCAAAGGCCCAACCAUUCAUCGGCGGUGCGGCCAACUUGGCCCCUGCUGGCUUUGGUGGCUUGGCUGUUGCUGCCUUUGUCGUGUUGUUCUUGUGA